AUGUUUGCCUCAAAUCAUCAUCAAGUGUUUCGUCAAAUGAACCACAACAACAAUGAAGACACGUCGGCUGGUCCAAUGAAACACAAUGGCGAAUUCAAAAACAGUGCGUCGUCCUUUGGAGCGGUUAGCAAGACACCUGCUGCAUCAAGCAAACAACGAAGAGCUCUCGGAGACAUUUCCAAUCGAAAUCGAGGUGGAAUUGAUCAGUCUGCUGGUCCCAAAAAGAGUACGGGUCUUCGUCUUCAGCAGCAGCAGCAACAACCGCAGCGCAACGCACUCUCCGUCAUUAAAACGCCAGGCCUCUCCAAGAAAAAGGAAGUCGCCUUCUUGCCACGACCAUCACAAGCCAAACUAGCUCCUUCCAAUGUAACAAUCCUCCCUGAUUUGGGCAACAGCAAGACUCCGAAAUCCAUGGGCCAACUGCACAAGAAGAGUGCUAGCAAAAGCAAGGCAAAAGUCACAUUCCAUGAGCCUGUGGAAGAGAUUGAAAAAUCGGCCGGAAGACUCUGGAUUGACGAACCCGCCGACGAUGACAGUUACAGCAGCAUUUCCAUCCCAGGAAUCGCCACUCUGCGACAAGACUAUAAGGCCACUGCUAAGCGUGGACGUGCAAUUCGCUUGAAGAAGCAACAAGAAGAAGCAGAGCGAGAUGACCUCGCAUUGGAACAAUACAUUGAAGAGGUUUUCGCCAGCGACGAACAAGCAAUGAUUGGCGCUGAUGUUUGGAUUGAGCGAACGCACAGCUUUGACGAUGACCUGGACGACGAUCUGUCCUUUAGUGCACCCUCCUUUUGUGGCGACAUUUCCUUCUAA